UAAAGGUACCUUGUAGGGUUGUUGACCACUAACAGCACUAUGGAGUAAUGUUUUUAGUGGUUCCUCAUUUUGUUUGUAUUGUGCACAAGGCCGCACAUGUGAGUCACAUCAUGCCAUUGGUUUCACGCUAUUCCUCUGGUGAACAGUUGGUGAAGAUACCGGGCCAACAAACAUAGUGCCCACAAAGGCAGGGAAGAAGAUGACUGCUGGGAAGUGGACAUGGAUGUAAAUAAUGCACUACUUAAAUGCUUUUUAAAAUUGGCCUUUAAGGAAGGAAAUGUCCUCAAAACGUUUGUUAGAUCUUAAAGACACACACAAGAAGAAACACUGAAUGUUCAAGAGAACUUUUUUUGUUUACAAGAGACCUCUACUGAACACAUAAACGCACCAUGGGCUGUAUAAACAAAAUCGGAUUUUUCCAGGGGCCACUUGAAAGCAGCAGCCACUCUACAGUUUCAGGAGAUGGUUGCAGCCGCAGCGGAACAUAACAGAGAACAAUGUGUUUGUGCAGGAGGAGGACAAGUCAGUCUCUCCGGACACAGUGAAUGAUUAUGGCUGGCCGGUUGCGAGACGGUCCUCGCAACAGUUCAGGAGACUGCGCCGGUGGCCUCCAAACGGCGCGAAUGCCCCGGCAACCAGAACCGUGCAGAGAGAGCGAGGACGCGGCGGAGUCGCUGCGGGAGCUGCCGCGAUGGAUGCGGCUUUACUUCUACGGGAUGCACGGCGUGACUUUGGAUGUCUUGCUCUCAUCGGUGCAAGGGGUUUUAAAUGAUCGGGACCCCAAACUGGUGGGGUUUUCCUCUCCGUAUCUUUGCAUCAUGCAUUCACUGACCCACUUCGCGCUGGAGAAGAUCUACUCACAGAAGAGGUGUUUUCGAGGUCGGCCUGUGGUGUUUCAUCUUGUUUUCUAUCCGUCUGUCUACAUCGGGCUGCAGAUCCUGAUCGGGAACAUCAACACUUUGACCGAGCAGGUGAGGGUGAUAUCUGGGACGCAGCUGGCAGUGCAUUACAUCCUGGCUCUGUAUUUCGCCCAUGUGUUUCACAGAGGGCUGUCCAGGCUGCAGUAUAACACCUCCUGCCCUCCCGACCUCCAGAGCAAGCCCGGCCCGGAGAAGAGCGCACCUGUGCGGGGGCCUCCUCACAGCCUCCCCGGCUUUGUGCGGUUCCUGUUUUUCGGGAUGCAUGGCUUUCUGGACGAGGUGGUUUUCACCUCCAUAUUCAACCUGGUGGAAAAAUCGGACAGGACCCUCAGCGGUCACACGUCACUGUGGUCUUUCCUGAUGUACGGAAGCUGCAGCUUCGUGGUGGAAAAGCUCUACCUUCACCUGCACUUCAGCAGAGGCUGGGGGACUUGGCGGCGGCUCCCCAUCUACAUCUGCUUUAUCUACACCUGGGAGUUCUCCUGGGGUCUGGUCCUGAGGCAGUUUGACGCCUGCUCCUGGGAUUACUCCCACUAUCCUCACAACUUCAUGGGACUAAUCACCCUCCUUUACCUGCCAGGCUGGGUCUGUCUGAGUCUGUAUCAGGACGUGCUGUCUAAUGUCCUGCUGAGGAUCAAGUGCACCAAAGAUGUAACUGAUUGGAGUGGGGAGAAUGGCGAGGUCAAUGGACAAGUGGAGUCUAAGAAAAAAAUACUUUAAUUCUUUUUUUAGGUUAUUUUUAAUACUUUUUAGGAAAGGUCUGGCCCCCGAGGAACAUACAGGCUUCACUUUUGUUCAAAUUUAGGGAGUGGAUGUCUUUUUCAAAGUGAUAAAAGACUUAAAAUUCAAUGUUUGUCAAGAAGUUUUAGAGGUAAUGAUAUAAAAUGGGACCAUAUUUGGCCUUUCAACUAUAAUCAUGGUAUAAACAUGUCUGAGGAUGUGUUUUACCUGUGCCAGCUCAAGUUUAGCAUUUGUCCAUGCACAUAUUGAAGUAUUAACUACUUUGGUUCUGACAGGAGAAAGGCGAUAUGUUGCCAUGACAACAGAUGUUGAUAUGUUGCAUACAGGAGUCUGGACACUUCUUCCUAUUAUGCAGAUUUGACAUUUUCCUGCAAUGUCAAUAUUUCUGGGCCCAGUAAUGAAGGUAAAACACAACUAAGGACCAUGAUUGUUUACUCAACUCAUUUAAAUUCAUUAUACGUACUGCCAUUUUUAUCUAUCUGAUGUAAAAUAUAGUUGUAAUAUUAACCAGUUUUACAAGUCUUCACAACUUUGGAAACUUGUGUGAAAAUAUUGAGUUUUCUAAUGACUGCAGUGGCAGGCUUGCCACCUUAUAUGUUACUAGUUCUGGUUGGAUCGAUUGUGUCACUCACUUAUUCAUUAGCAUGCUUUAACUGUAGCUCAUAUCUGCAUGCUAAACAGACAAAGCAGCAAAAAAAUAUGUAUAAAUAAAAUAAAAACAUCUGGAAGGUUUUGUUUCAAAACAGUCAUGGUUUAGGUUUGGUUAACCAAAAUACAUGCAUUGCUGCCCUAAAAGUCAGUAUUUUCAAGAAAAAAGAAGACAUAAUGACAACAAAAAUGCAAGCAACCAAUUUUUAAGAUGAUUUUUUAAACUGUUAAUGUUACAUUUUGAAACAAACUCCCCCAUUUUCACCCAGAUUGUGAAUACGACCCUGAAUAAUGCAUGGCAACUAUUAGAGUUAGAGAUAAUCCCAGUGAAUAUGUAGCAAGAGAAAACCUGUAGCUGUGCGGAUAAACGGAGCCAAGUGAGAUUUUACUGUGAAUCUUUCAUGAACCAAAUGUUACUUUGCUGGAGUGCCUUCCUGCGAAAACUGAGUUAACUCAAGCAAAACAAGGCUCAGUGUCCUAGGGGCUCCUGUUUUUAUCUGUAAGUGCUACAGUUGUGGGAGUCACAGCCCAACAACACAUAUUUGAAGCACAGCACUCUUUUGUUAGAUAUUACUAUAAAACAUUUUAACCUUGAGCCCUAAUGACAGGCUUUUAAUCAAUGAGACUGAAUUCUUUCAAUAAUCAGCAAUGAGAAAAAGAUGAGAUUGCAUCCUAAAUGAUUUGUUUUUUUAUCUCCACUGAAAAGAUAAAAUGAAAUAACCAACGUCAAUACAAAUUCAAAACAGGAAUAAAAUAUUUAAGCUUAAUUUAUAACCAAAGCAGUUAAAAGUUACACAUUUAUAUGACUGACAAGAAGGGUUUCACCAUCAAAUGAUUUUUUGUGCAGGUUUAUGCUUAAGUAUAUACUAAAGGGACAAAUAAUGUUUAAAUCAGGUGCAUUGUGCUUUCUAUGUUAUUCACUGUAAGAAAUGCAUCUGGUCCUGCCGUAAAAUAAUGAUAGUCACACAUUUGCCACACCCCUGUUUUGCAAUACUUUUACUGUACUUUAUGAGAAUUUGUUAUAGCUCCAUGCAGCAAGUCUAGUGAAGUCACAUUUCUAAAUUAGAAAGUUGAUCUCAAAACUGAUGUUCACAUUUUUUUAAAAGCAUCAAGCAUCCUCAGAGCUGCUGCAGAAACAGAGAAAAGCUUAUAGGCCAUUCAGCCUCAAAGACAACAUAAUUGAUUUGAAUCCAUGAGUCAAAUUAAAGCCUUUAGUUAAACAUCCCCAAUAAAACUCCAGCUGUGUGUAUUGUACUGUGCUGUCCUGACACUCAAAUUGGCUUGACGAUGGCCUUAUGCCUUAUGAAAACACCAAUCUAAGUACCUUGCACUGUGACUAUUCAAAUGGUUGUGAAUCUUGGCAAAACCGUCCUACUCUACCAGUCACUUUGUUAGGUCACCAGCCAUCAUUUUGAGUUUGUUUUUUAAAGCAAGUAGCUGAUGAACUGAUGGAGGUUUCACUCCCACAGUAGCAUUUUAACUUGGUGCUGGAAUCAGUUGUCAUUCAUGAAGCUGCCCUUUAUUAAUUUCUUGAUAAUUGAUAAUAAUAUAUUUAGUUUUAAUCACACCUCUAAAAUAAGAUGGUUUGAAUUAAAUUACUGUAGGUAUGAAUAGCAUUUUACAGAUCUUUAGAUAAGCUUGCGAUCCUGUUACAACAUAGAAUUGGCUCUAAGGAUUCAAUAAUUACUGGUACCUUCAGUGCAGGACAAAGUAAUGUUUAUCUGCCCUUGUAUGUUGUGGAAGUGACACUGAAAAACACACACAUAAUUUAAAUAUAUUAGAAUAUUUUUCUUAACAUGUGAGAAUCUAUUUCCUUUUAUGUCUGUGGGCAGCAGUUUAUCAAGAAAUCAAAAUUCAUUUUGUCUAUACAUAUUUAGAAAGAUAAUUGGCACAUCUUGUGAAUUGCUUUAUCAACAAACAUAGUUGUCAAUGUUUAUUUCAAAACCAUGUGAAAUUAUAUCAGAAGUGAUACAGCUAGAACUGAAAGUGAACAGUCCUGCCUGUGUCUGGUGUGUUUCGCUUUCGACUUGGCAGCUAUAACGGGUUUUUCAGCAUUUUCAUUGUCUGAACCACAACUGCUGGAGUGAACUGAAGUAGAAUAACUGUAUUUUAAUCAAACAUUUACAUACUGUGCUGAUGUGUUAUUCACCAGUUUGAAAAAAAAGACCAAACUGCUUUUUACAAAGUAUGAAAGGUUGGUUGAAAUAAAAGACGAAAAAAAAGUGACUGACUUGCAAUGGCAUGUACUGUACGACUUACAACUUCCAUUAAAUCUGAAAGAUUCCUGUGACACGA